AUGUACAUUGAACACUAUUUCCCUCAACAAAGCAAAGAUGAGGUGGAGAUGAUGGUGGAAAAGUUGAAAGAAUCAUUUUUGGAAAUGCUUUCUGAAGAGACAUGGAUUGAUGAAAAGACAAAAGAACAAGCAAGGGAAAAGGCCUUAGCAAUGCGUCAAUUUGUCGGCUAUAACCCUGAUAUUUUCAAUCAAACAGCGAUUUCAAUAAAAUAUUCAACGCUGGAUAUCCCACAAAAUCUCUCAAGUUGGGAAGUUGAUGUGAGAGUUGGGAAAUGGCUGGCUGACAAUGCUUAUCAAACUUUAUUUGAAAAGAAUGUACUUGGGGAUUUUGAAUUUCUAGCGAGUGAUGUGAAUGCUUAUUAUUUGCCGAGUCAGAAUACGAUUGCCAUUCUUGCCGGCAUUCUUCAAUCUCCUUAUUUCAAUGCUACUCAAUCCAGAUCUCAGAAUUUCGGUGGAAUAGGCACAAUUAUCGGUCACGAAAUAACACACGGAUUUGAUGAUUAUGGCUCACAAUUCGACGCGAAUGGCAACAAAAGAAAUUGGUGGAACAAGGCGACUUUCUCAAAUUUCCAAACGAAAACCCAAUGCUUUGUGGGAGAAUACGGAGUACAAAAAGUGGAAAAUCUCACGUUACGAGUAGACGGUUACAAAACUCUUGGUGAGAAUAUCGCUGAUAAUGGAGGAUUUCGAGCAGCUUUGAAAGCUUUUCAAAAACUAUUGCGCACAAAUCAAGGCGGAUCUCGGCCAUCAGCACCCGAGCUACAAAAGUACACUCCAUUGCAGAUUUUCUUCAUGAGUUAUGCAUAUAAUUGGUGUGCAAUUAGUCGUCCCUCGUAUCUCCUCGAUUCCGUGCCUGAAGAUUCUCAUAGUCCAAAUCGAAUUCGCGUCAAUACUGUCAUCUCAAAUCAGCCCGAAUUUGAGCAAUUAUUCAAUUGUCCAAAGAAUUCAAAAAUGUUGGAUAAUCCAAAAUGUACAUUGUGG